GGGCGGGAACAGCCAGCUCCCUGCCAGGAGUCAAAAAACGAAAGCACUUCGGCUGAGACCAAGACUCAAGUCAGGACUCCGAGGAGACCGAGUGGAGUGUGCCAGCUCGCCAGCUCUGGAACCUGGGAUGCUGGGGAGAGAUUCUGGCCCCUCCUGCCCAACCACUGGGGACUGAGUGGGAGCACAGAUGAGGUGUCUGCCCCCCCCUUGGGGGGGGCAGGACAGGGCCUAGGGCCUGGGUGCCACCUGGCACCUGGAAGAUGCCUGUGCCUUGGUUCCUGCUGUCCUUGGCACUGGGCCCAAGCCCCAUGGUCCUCUCUCUGGAGAGGCUUAUGGGGCCUCAGGAUGCUGCUAACUGCUCUCUGGGCCUCUCCUGCCACCUGUGGGAUGGUGACGUACUCUGCUUGCCUGGGAAUAUCGAGCCUGCCCCAGGACCUGUGCUGGUGCCCACACGCCUACAGACAAAGCUGGUGCUGAGGUGUCAUCAGGAGACUGACUGCAACCUCUGUGUGCGUGUGGCCGUCGACUUGGCUGUGCGUGGCCACUGGGAAGAGCCUGAAGAUGAGGAGCAAUUUGGAAGAGCAGCUGACCCAGAGCUUGAAGAGCCUAAGAAUGCCUCUCUCCAGGCCCAAGUCGUGCUCUCCUUCCAGGCCUACCCUACUGCCCGCUGUGUCCGGCUGGAGGUGCAAGUGCCCGCUGCCCUCGUGCAGCCUGGUCAGCCUGUGGGCUCUGUAACAUUUGACUGCUUCGAGGCUGCUCUAGGAGCUGAGGUGCAAAUCUGGUCCUACACUCAGCCCAGGUACCAGAAGGAACUCAAUUUCAUACAGCAGCUGCCUGAUUGCAGGGGGCUCGAAGUCCAGGACGGCAUCCAGAGCUGCUGGGCCCUGCCCUGGCUCAACGUGUCUGCAGAUGGUGAGGAUGUGCAACUGGUGCUGGAUGUCUCUGAGGAACAGCACUUUGGCCUCUCCCUGUACUGGAACCAGGUCCAGGGCCCUUCAAAACCCUGGUGGCACAGAAACCUGACUGGGCCGCAGACCAUUACCUUGAACCACACAGACCUGGUUCCCUGUCUCUGUAUUCAGGUGUGGCCUCUGGAACCUGACUCCGUGAGAACGAGCAUCUGCCCAUUUAAGAAUGAUACCCGCGCACACCGUAACCUCUGGCGGGCUGCCCGGCUGCAGCUGCUGCCCCCACGGGGCUGGCGGCUGGUCGCGCCAUGCUCCCUGCCCGCCGAGGCCACACUGUGCUGGCAGGCACCGGGCAGGGGAUCCUGCCAGCCGCUGGUCCCACCGCUGCCCCGGGAAAAUGUCACUGUGAACGAAGCCCUGGAGUUCCCUUUGCUGAAAGGCCACCCCAACCUCUGUGUCCAGCAGGUAAGCAGUGGGGAGAAGCUGCAGCUGCAAGAGUGCUUGUGGUCUGACUCUCUGGGGCCCCUCAAGGACGAUAUGCUGCUGGUGGAGACACGAGGCCCCCAGGACAACAGAUCAAUCUGUGCCUUGGAACCCAGUGGUUGCACCCCACUGCUCAGCAGGGCCUCCACGAGGGCAGCUCGCCUUGGAGAGCAGUUACUACAAGACCUGCAGUCAGGACAGUGUCUGCAGCUGUGGGAUAAUGACCUGGGAGCACUAUGGGCCUGCCCCAUGGACAAGUAUAUCCACCAGCGCUGGGCCCUGGUGUGGCUGGCCUGCCUACUCUUUGCUGCUGUGCUUUUCCUUCUCCUCCUCCUCAAAAAGGACCAUGUGAAAGGGUGGCUGAGGCUCCUGAAGGAGGAUGUCUACUCGGGGGCGGCCGCCAGGGGCCGCGCCGCUCUGCUGCUGUACUCGGCCGACGACGCGGGCUUCGAGCGCCUCGUUGGCACCCUGGCGUCGGCGCUGUGCCAGCUGCCAUUGCGCGUGACCGUGGACCUGUGGAGUCGUCGUGAGCUGAGCGCGCAGGGGUCCUUGGCCUGGUUCCACGCACAGCGGCUCCAGAUCCUGCAGGAGGGCGGCGUGGUGAUCUUGCUCUUCUCGCCCGGGGCCGUGGCGCUGUGCCAGGAGUGGCUGCAGGACGGAACGUCGUCGGCGCCCGGGGCGCACCGCCCGCACGACGCCUUUGCUGCCUCGCUCAGUUGUGUGUUGCCCGACUUUUUGCAGGGCCGGGCGCCCGGCCGCUACAUCGGGGCCUACUUCGAGGGUCUGCUCCACCCGGAUGCCGUGCCCGCCCUGUUCCGUGCGGUGCCAGUCCUCGCCCUGCCCUCCCAGCUGCCUGACUUCCUGCGGACUCUGCAGGGGCCCGGCGCCGCCCGCCCCGGGUGGCUCUCGAAUAGGGCGGAGCGAGUGUCUCGAGCCCUUCAGCCCGCCCUGGACAGCUGCCUCCUGCCCCCGGGGACCCAAGAGACAGGACUCGAGAUGGCACCCGAGGCGGGGUACAGGACUUGAAUAAAGGCAGACGCUAUUUUUCUAUCCA